AUGCAUGCAUUCAUUUCUGCGUUUUUGGUUGCGCUGCUGCUUACUGUUGCACGAGCUGAAAGGUCAGACUAUGUCAUCAUCGGAGGCGGCACUGCAGGCCUGACUAUUGCGGCUCGUCUGAGUGAAGAUCCGAACGUGACGGUCACGGUCAUCGAAGCUGGAGAAGAUCGAACGAGCGACGUUGAAGUCCUUGCGCCGAAUCUCUUGACUUCGCUCUACAGCAACCCAAAGUACGACUGGAAUUAUCGCACAAUUCCACAGGUCAAUGCCAACAAUCAUGUUCUGGCCCAUCCUCGAGGAAAGCAACUUGGUGGCUCAUCUGCAAUCAACUUCCUCUGGUGGACGCACGCAUCACAGCAAGACAUCAACAACUGGGGCCUGCUAGGCAAUCCAAACUGGUCCUGGAAUGCACUACAGCCAUUCUAUCGUCGAUCUGAAUCGUACGUUCAGCCUUCUCGAAAGACAGUCGAAGAUCUGGACACUGGCUACAUCGAUCCAGCUCUGCAUGGGCAAGAUGGUCCCGUACUGAACACUUUCGCAGACAUAUACUUGCCUUUUGACGAGGCAUGGCCGCGGACGUACAGAGCACUGGGAUUGCCUCCAUCGUCGGACCCUCGAGAUGGCCUGGCGCUUGGAGGCUAUACAAAUCUUAUCAACAUGGAUCCGAAGACGAGAAGUCGAAGCUACGCUGCUACCACUUAUAUGCGUGGUGCUGAAAAUCGGCCAAACUUCAAAGUGAUCACGGGAGCUCAUGUACAGAGGAUCACAUUUGUCGAUUCCGGGAAACGGCCUCGGGCGACUGGCGCAUUAUAUUCCACCAACGGCACGACGCACCAGGUAAAGGCUCGGAAAGAAGUCAUUCUCAGCGCAGGCGCAUUCGGAUCACCGCAGCUACUUGAGCUCUCCGGCAUUGGCAACCCCGACAUCCUGAAGAAGUACGGCAUCGAAAUCCUCGUGGCGAACAAGAACGUUGGUGAGAAUCUGCAAGAUCAUGCCUACGUACCGAUAGGCUACGAAGUGAAGGAGCCUGGCCUAUUCACCCUGGAUGACUUCGCCAACGAGACGCUUUUCAACGAGGAGUACGAGAAGUACAUCACAAACCACACCGGUCUUCUGGCCACAACAAGUGCCAUGUCAGGCCUCCUCUCCCUCGCACAGAUCCAGCAAAACACCACAGACGAUCCCCUGGACCUCAGUAAAUCAAUCGAAAGCAUCUGCCCCGACACCAAGAAAACGCACACCCAAACCCACCUCCGCCCACCCCACCCCUCAUCACAACACGACCUCCUCUGCGCCUCCAUCGACACCGAAGCCAUCGUGCAAGAAUUCGCCUUCCCGAGCGGCAUCAACCCCCAACUCUCCAACGACAGCAGCAAGCUCUUCCUCGCCUCCACGCCAGGAAACUUCUUCAGCAUGCAGGGCGUCCUCGAACACCCCUUCUCCCGCGGGAGCGUCCACAUACAGUCGAGUGAUGCGUCAGAGUAUCCGAGGAUUGAUCCGAACUAUCUCUCGCAUCCUCUCGAUAUCAAAGUUCUAGAGGCGAUUGCAUUGCACUUACAGGCUGUCGCGCAGACGAAACCUUUGAGUAAGCUGCUUGUCGACGGGGGAAGGAAGUAUCAGCCCGGAUACUACGCCCUCAACGCCUCGAACGUGGAGGGCUGGGUUCGGGAUAACCUGCAAAGUGAAUACCACCCUUGCGGAACCGCUGCGAUGUUGCCGAAGGAGAAAGGCGGCGUGGUCGAUGAGAAGUUCAGGGUGUACGGGGUUGAUGGGUUGAGGGUCGUGGAUGCAUCUGUUUUCCCGCUGAUUCCGCGGGCGAAUUUGCAGACGUUGGUGUAUGCGGUGGCGGAGAGGGCGGUGGAGUUUUUGAGGGAGGGCUGA